AUGGAUGAAUCUAUUGAAAGAGGGCUAAAAAAACCCGAGAACGAUGAUGUAGCCAAGGUACAAACGACAGAAACGACAAAAACCACGGAAACCACAAAAGUUGUAAAGGAUGAAGAUGAUGGUAUAACCAAGGAUAAAACAUUAGUGACUGAAACCACUACUACAACAACUGAAAAAACAGAAUCCGGUACAACAUUUUAUACACAAAUUAAAAGUAAAUUCGAACAAGUAUUUCACGAAUUUAUUCCCGAGAGUUUACAAAAUAAUCGCAAAGUUGUUCAUGCAUUUGAUAAUUUAAGAGAGAAUGUAUUAAAAAAGACUAAUGAUAAGUCAAUUAAUCCUGAAAUUGAAUGGGAUGCUGAAGUUAGAAAAUCUAAUGAAUUAUGUGAGGAUGAAAAAAAAUUCUUGAAAGAAAGAAAAGAAUUUAUAAAAGAAGCUUUUGCUAAAUAUGUUGGAGUUGGUAUUGAAGAAAUUCAUGUUGAUGAUAUUCCCGUGAUCGCAUUUGCUGGAAGUGGUGGUGGAUUUAGGGCUAUGAUUGCCACCACAGCUUAUGUGAGAGCAUUGCAAGAUUCUGGAUUAUACGAUUGUGGCAUUUAUUUUAGUGGCCUAAGUGGAAGUUGUUGGAAUUUAGCAACUCAAUAUUCUUCAAUAUGCGCCACAAAAGAAAAUCCUGUUCAGGCUUUAUUGGAUUUUUUUAAAGAAAAUUUAACACAUAAUAUAGCAAGCCCUAAAGGAUUGUUAAAAGCUUUAUCAAAUAAUUCAUCACCUGAAACGGCAGUUGAAUUGGUAUUUGGUGGAUUAGUUGAAAAAAAAGCAGAAGGUUUGGAUUUACAUGUGGUUGAUGUUUAUGGAUCUUUAUUGGGAGCUAGAAUUUUAGUUGGACAUGAUCCGGAAUCUCAACGUCUGGAUUUUAAAUUAAGUCAACAAAGACGAUUUAUAGAGGGAGGUAAACAAAUGAUGCCUAUUUAUACUGCUAUUCAUCAUAAUCGACCUUGGAAGGAUUCGUUGGAUGAAAAGGCAUCAGCAUUUGUGGAAAAUUAUGAGCAAGUGUGGACUGAAUAUAGUAAGAAGAAGGAUCAUAUGGCUUGGUAUGAAUUUACCCCAUUUGAAGUAGGUUGUGACGAACAAGCUGCAUGGGUACCUACGUGGGCUUUGGGUCGUAAAUUUGAAUUCGGAAAGAAUGUUAAUCGUUUACCAGAAAUAAAUUUAUGCCAAUUAAUUGGAAUAAUGGGUGCAGCACCAAGUGCUCCUAUUUAUAUUGAUGUUCGACAAUUUGAGCACUUCUUACCUGAAGGUUGGCUGAAGACAGAAUGGAAAAGAUUAUAUGAAGGGGCUAUGGAAGAUCUUGGAGAAGAAGGAAGAUGGAAAUUCGAAGGACACCAUUUAGUUCCGACAGCGGAAGUAUAUAAUCAUAUAUAUCAUUUAAAUCCUCCACCAUAUGAACUUGGGUUAGUGAAUAACCAAAUUCUAGAAUUGAUCGAUGCCGGUGCAUCAAACGAUUUGCCAUUAUACCCAUUGGUUCAUCCAAGUAGAGAAGUGGAUAUAAUCAUAGGAUUUGAUUGUUCAAGCCAAAUUAUCAAUCAUGAUUUUUUUGAACAAGAACAAUCAGUUUUCACUUCACGUAAAGGAAUAACAAAAGUAGCACGUGAUGUGGAAAAUAAAUACUGUGAAGUUUAUGAUUAUGUACCAAAUGGCAAGUCUGAUGGAUACACGACUCCUGCCGUUUAUCAUAGUACAUUCUGUUAUUUGCCUUACUUACCUAAUGAUAAAGUUGAUAAAACUUUUGUACCUAGUACCGCUAAAUUUGCUUCUUUUGCUAAUUUUACUUACACUCCUGAUCAAAUUGAUUUAAUGGUUAGACUGGCUAAGCAAAAUUGGUUGGAAGUUGAAGAAAAAGUUAAAGGUGUCGUUAUUGACGCUUGGAAGAAGAAAAGGGAUAAAAGAUUGAGUAAUUCCAAGUAA